AUGAUUCGGGAACGGCAACGUGCUGCUGGCAGCACACAGAUUCUGGAUCUCUCGUAUGCGAACCUGGAAACGUUCCCGACAGAGAUUGAGUUCUUGAGGGAUGUGCUUGAAAAGUUGACCAUGAGCCACAACUCCAUCAGGACACUGCCCUUGCAGCUCAACAUGUUCACCAGUUUGCGAUACCUCAACAUUCGUGCCAACUCGAUCAGGAUCUUCCCAGCUGUGCUGUGUCAUCUGUCAAGUCUUGAGAUCCUGGACAUGAGUCGCAACAAAAUCUCGAGGUUUCCGGAUAACUUUGGGAACCUGAUGAAUCUUCGAGUGCUGAGCAUAUCGAAGAACCGACUUGAGACUAUACCCACAUACAUUGGAGAGAUGAGCCAACUCCAGUUUCUCAAGAUCGAACAGAAUCCUAUUGUGUUCCCACCAUCCGAAAUUGUCGACUUUCCAGGAGAGGAUAUGGAGGGCUGGCUCAACAGCCUAAAGUCGUUCCUGGUGGCUCAUAAGAAGGAACAUGAGGUCUUGCCCGCGAGGAUACGAGGCGACGAGCAUUCAGCUACCCAUCAGGAGUUGCCGCCAUUGUCACAGCAGAGGACAACCAGGUCCGCGUCGGCGGAUAACUUAGUGAUCCCUCAAACACAUCGCCAGAGCAGGAGCGAACCUGGUUUGCGCCUCAGUAUACCUGUCGUGGAGAGGUCAGGAUCUCACUCGGGAACGCUCUCGCCGGAACCUACGUCAAUUAAACUAGCUCGGACCAACAGUCAGCAUGGGAAUGGAAACCAUGGCGACGACCAUUACCGGUUUAUUAGUCACUCCAGAGGUAUUUCGGGCGACUCGACAAGCUCUUUUGGAAGCACGACCUCAAACGACUGCGACAAGUACAGCGACAUGUAUUUUCAGCGACUGGCGACCCACCCACCACCACCUCACCCUUUACCUGGCGAGCGCGUCCGACUUGUCGAAGCAGCCCGUGGUAUCCUCUUCGCCCUUUCGCAGAUCUACAGGGCUGUCAAGCAGGUUGUUGGCUGUUCUACAGACGAAAAGUUCAGUCUUCUUUUUACUCGUCUUCUCCAGAGCGCCAACAGUGCUAUGACGCAGCUUAUUCAGGCGUUGGACCGGUUCGACAACUCAGCCCAGGUACAAGUGCCAGAUCAGUCGAUCUGUUCAGAGAUUAUGCGCUGCUGCGAGUCUAAUGUAGUGGCAUUCCGGAAAUUGGUCCACGUUGUGCAGACUCAGAUCAGGAGCAUUAGUAUGGUGGCCGACGCGCGCUUGGUCCGCAACCUUGUCCUCCUGCUGCAUGGAGCUCUGUCAGAGAUCAGGAUGGCCUGGGACUCACUUUUGCCGCUCUUGCAGGGGUCGGGAGAGUUGAGUGUCGAAGUUGUUGAAUCCAAUCACCCUAUGCUCAAGGACCAGCAAUCUCACGCACAUCACCAGCAACAACAGCAGAUCCAGCAAGCAAUGAUAUUCUCUGGCAUGAACCACCAACAGCAGCAAGCUCAGCAACACCACCUCCAACAUCAGCAUCACCCCCAGCUUCAGCACCAGCUCUCGUCUAACAACCUGACCUUGAGCCAUCAAUCCCAUCCGUUUCAGCUCUCACCGACCAUGCCCACAUCCUCCAGCUGGCUUCCAGUUCAAAUCCCGCAGCGAAGCCAGAAUAUGUCGCGCGCCAGCAACCACAGCGCUCAGUCGACCAACGUCCACCACGACGACGAAGAGGACACUCAACUCUUGAUGACCGUUGAGCAUGCGAUUGAAGCGGCACGGCGCCUGAUCCAGUCGUUGACCGAGACAUGCAUGACGCGAGUCGAAAACCUGAUGGCCAGUCCCCAACAUCGCGUGUCACCUCGUGCUCGAUCUGUGUCUGCGUCUCCCCCUAGAAGCGCUGUCAGCGGAAGCGGUGCUAGCAGCAGCCAUGGGAGCGCUGGAGGGAAACAGUCUACUCUGGAUCAGCAGGAUGGCAGCACAGCGACUCUGAGCCCACCUCAGCUUUCGAAUGAGCAGGCGUCGUCGUCAUCCUCUGUUAACGGCGAGUCGGCGAAGCCUUCCGCUCAUAAAGCCAAGUCAGAGACUGGAAACUUGAUCCGCUCACCUCUCUUCUCUCCCGUGUCCGAUACCGUGCCUUAUUCGAACGGGAUGUGCCUCUCCCUACCAAUCAACCCUUCUACUACUACGCCCACGACCACAACUACUAUGACCGAAACGACAGCAGCUGGAUCUGCAGUAUCAACGAAUCACACUUCAGAAGACAACGGACCGACUCGACAGGAGAGACGAGCUGGGACUCACUCCAAAGGUUCGUCCAAGGCUUCCUUUGACCCCGCCCUUCCAUCGAUCCCUCAGGACGAAGCGCACGAAGUUAGCCAAACCCCCGCCAUUGCAACGCCACCUUACCAGCCCGUGAUGACAGCUCGCUCCGCAAGUGUUUCGGGUUUGCCCUCGAUUUCUCAGCAGGCGCUCUCGUCUCAUUACUCGUCGGCGGUUGUGGCGUCCUCUCUUCCAAUUCAGGGCUUUUUGAGUCAGGGACCAGUCCAGUCGCAUCACUAUGGAUCUCAGGCAUCAGGAUUAGGUGUUUCCCAGUUGCCGGCAUCGCAAUUGUGGCGCGAAAUGAAGGAGUGUCUGUUGCAGAUGACCGAGAUUGUGAAGCGAUUGGACCUGGAUCUGACCAUGAUCCGCACAGAGGACGCUCAUCAUCUUCACUCGCACCCAUCUCACCACCAGCACGGGCAGUUCCCGCCUCACCACCAACAGCAGUACCAGCAGAACCACACGCCUCAUCCUCACCAAGCCUCGGGCUCGAACACCCUUCAGACCCAGCUUGGCCAGCAGCAUGGUGCUGGAACCAGUUUGGACGAUGCCAACAUUCUCCGGCGACGAUUCGGUAUGGGUGUCAGCGACUUCGUUAAGUCUGUGGUUGUGAUUUCGACAUUGGUCCGACAGCUCUCCUCCGCGGCUUCCAUUAACGCUGGUCGAUCUGGGUCAGGAUCAAGUUUUGCUGGCGACGGUGGUAACAGCAACGGCAACGCUCGCACGACGAUGACGACAACCGUGACGACAACGACGACGUCAUCGACGACUAUCUUAUCGACCUCACCCUCUGCGCCUAGGAACGGAUCCGCGCUUACAGGCGGCGACAAUUCUAACCUGACAACACCCACGACGACAGGAGCGACCUUAUAUUCUUCAGCUUCACACACCAACGACAUCACCACCACCGCCCCUUCCUCCAAAGCCACGACGCCUCAAUCUGGGUCGUCGUCGAUUCCUGGAUCAUCGUCUGCUACCAACUUGGGAGCAAUGUCGAUGACGACGGGAUCUCCUGAGAACCUGUCAUCCUCUAUGCAUCAGCCCUCAAGAUCCCAGACAGGAAAUUUCACGACCUCAAUAACACCACAUCAGCAACAGCAACAACACCAACAGCAACACAACAACGGAGGGCAGACGGAGAUUUUUUCACGACUUGUAAUGACGAAUGUAUCGAAUUUGACCAAGAUUACCAAGGAACUGACGGUUCGGAUGCCCCGGUCGUCGUUCCGAGACUAUUUGCUCUCUCAGCAGGCAUUUGGAUCGUCCUCGUCCACGUCAGCGGCAGCGGCAGGAGGUCCAGGAAGUGGAGCAGGAGGAGCGACGGGCAGUCAUUUUGGGAUGAUUACCUCUGCAGGCGGAGGUGGAGUCCCGAACGGAGUUGGAGGAGGAAGUGCGGCGCAUGGUGGAGCCAGUGGCGGGUAUGGGUAUAGUUUUGGAUACGGACCUGCGGCUGCAUCUAUCCUGGCGAUGCGCAAAGGCAGCCUGAUCUAA